AUGCCUCCGAAAUUCAAGCGGCACCUGAACGAUGAGGAGGUGACAGGCUCGGUGAAGAGCGAGCGGAGGAACCUGUUGGAGGAGGAUUCGGAUGAAGAGGAAGACUUUUUCUUGAGAGGGCCUUCUGGACCAAGAUUUGGACCCAGAAAUGACAAAAUCAGGCAUGUCCAGAACCAGGUGGAUGAAGUCAUUGACGUUAUGCAGGAGAACAUCACGAAGGUGAUUGAACGAGGCGAGCGGCUGGAUGACCUGCAGGAUAAAUCAGAAAGCCUAUCAGACAACGCCACAGCCUUCAGCAACAGAGCCAAGCAGCUGCGCAGACAGAUGUGGUGGCGAGGCUGCAAGAUGAAGGCAAUCAUAGCACUGGUGGCAGUCAUUGUCCUGCUUGUGAUCAUUGUACCCAUAGUCUUGAAGUACCACACCUGAUGGGGCAGCUGGAGGCUUUGGUGGAGCUGGCUCUGGGAUAACCAAACUGCUGUGUAAUUUAAGCAAGAUAUCUGUAUAUAGCUUUGAAGUUGUUUUGCUCCAAGAAGC